UGUCUUGCUGAUGAGCUUAGUUGAACGUGGAUGAUCGUCUGGCACUACUGGAUAAGUAGGCAAUCGAGUGCCUACAUGUACGAACAUGUACUUAGAUAUGACAUCCGAGCGUCGAAACGACUAACCAUAGCCAUGGAAUCUCACAUCUCCUCGCACGAUAUGUUCAAUUUUCGCGCCCAUCGCGCCAAUAGCACAUUUGGCUUUCUUGCCAGUUCGACUUGAACAUGACCUCAACAACAGGAGGCGGGGGCUGACACUGGUGACACGGAUUGGUUGCACGCGCAAGCAUGAGCUAUCUCAUACACAGUGAUACAGAAAUCAGCCUGAUCCUGUAUUCCAAGGGGCACUCGAUCGUGUGCAGCUGAGCGAGUGGUAGCUAUUCUGACGCGUCUGACCCUGAUACUGCUCUCUGCGCACCUGGCGAUACUGCUGCCACUCCUCAUGAACUAUUCCAUGUGCAGUUAUACUUAUUUAAUCGUUCAGCCGCCAGAGAAUAAGACUCAGCACCCUCACCAUUGACUCUGUUUGAACUGUUCAUCCGUCGCGUGAGGCUGCUGAACUGUGAUCUGGUGGCGAAGUUGGAGGCUGGUGGUAUUAUCUUGCCAGCCACUCAGUCAGGUCGAUACGUUAGUUCUAUUCUUGACACUGCAGCAUGUUGGGGAGCAGUGUGCCAGGCAGAAGCUGCGCACGAGCUUAGGCGUUUAGGUGAACGAUUUGUAUAAAACCAAUGAACAAUGGGAUGUCGUUUUCAGGGGGGCGCCCGAGCAUCUCUUCGACUUGAUUUGUGUGAGUGCUCAGUAUAUGCCAGACUACACACAUGACCAGAUACGCAUAUGCCUUCACUAGAUGAAGUAUCUGUAACAGAGCUGCGCCAACCUUGAGGCCCAUGAUGUGCUCACAAGACGGCGGCAGCGUGGAGAUCAAUUAGGAUGCAGUCUGUUCAGCUCCAGUAGAUUGUGACUCGUGAGAGUGCCAUGGGUUGGACACAAUACUUUGAGGUUCACGUUCCCCAGCAGGGCUAGGCUGUCACAUUGCACCAGGAAGGAUCGUGGACACAUCAAUUCACUUGCACAGAACGAAAUGUGCCUACAGCUGAUUCCCGGCUUGUCCAAGACAGUCAAGACGACAUCUCAAAGCCGGGUGCCCAGCAACGAGGCAGAUAAUUCAAUCUAUGCCAGAGCGAAAACAUCCAGGCCCAUGGAGAAACGGCACUGAAUGUCGAUUUACGUUGUAAACAACGUGAGCUGGCAAAACGAGAGCUGCGAGAAUCACAUUAGCAGUCACUGAUAGACCUGACGCGGCCAACACAGCUACGCUAGCUAGCACGGCAGCUCUAGGAGACCAUCAUGUCUCUGACGCGCUGCCUGUGAAGCUUGAGCAGUCACUGCCAGGCCAAUAGUUCACGCCACUCGUCGACGUCCUCAUGUCAGGAUUUUCAUGCGCGGCGGUGAUAUUGAAUUGGCCGGCUGCAGCGGACUUGGCAGAUCUGGUACGUCCGCUAUCGGCAGACGAGCAGAAGAUUGUGCCCAUCCAGCUGAGCUGGGCAGACAGCGUGCUGACGGUAGUCGGUGAAGAAAGGAGGGCAUGGCCAACAACAACAAAUGCGGGCGACAGUGACCCGAGUGCGCCACUGCCGUGAUCGUCCUAGUGAGUUGUCUGUGAAGGGGGGAAAGCUUCGCGUCGAUUCAUGAUGCGUGCGUGUGACAAGCAGUGGUGUGUGGUUGGGUAGGAAAA